AAUCUCACACAAGUUUUUUUUUUUGUGCUUUAAAGUUCUAACUGUUGCACGGUUCCUUUUAGCACCAUUAAAAGAAAAGGAGGGAGGUCACAACAAAUCCAAGUUGCAAAACGUUUCCUCAAUUCUCACUGCUCGUGAUUGAAAAGCAAAGUGAUAGAUGGUUGAGCCUUGAGAGACGACACUGCCUCAUUAGAGAGCCACCUGUGCAGGUGUGACUACUCAGUAGAAUCUGCAACAGGUUGUCGUGGGUCUCAAACAGGAGUUGAGCGCCUGGUCAUCAAAAAAAAAAAAAAAAAAAAUCUGUAUAUUACGCUGCCUUUUACUUCAUCCUUUGUGUGAAAUACAAAGAUCACCAGAGUUAGCCUUUAUUUUUGUCCUUUAUUCAUGCAGCGGUUAAUACAAAAUAUAAGAGUCAAAAUUACACUGAGCAGGGUGACCACCUUCCAGGACAAGAGUCAGCGAUGCUGCCGGACGCUACUCUCCAAGUGUUGAACGUAAAACAAGAUGCCGCAUAUGAGAUGAGUUCCUAUGACUUAAGGCGGCGUAUUAGAUGUCCGAAGAAAUAUGGAGAAAUGACAAAGGAAAGGAGUUACAUGUUGGCACCCAAAACUGACUUUGACUUGGAUGUGUGGAAUGAGCAGAAAGAUGCAGAUUGUGUACCAAGAGAGUUGGACGAGCGUUACAAAAGGAAUGCUGCAAUUCUUCCAGACCUCCAUGUAACCCUCAAUGACAAAGCACAAAGUGACAUUUGCUCCAACGGUGUUGUGACCUACAAGUCUGACCCAAAAUCAGGACCUUUAAUGAUCCAUGGCUUCACGGUAGCAGAUUACCAACACAUGUAUCAUUUAGUGGUAGAUCCCCUGCUGCUAACUCCUUGUGGGAAGCCGAGAGCGUACAAUUUGGAGCUGGGACGCACUAUAAAGGAACAUCUGUUUACAGAGCUGGCCUACCCCAUGCUUCAAACGUUUGAGUCACAAGGAACGGUGAACGUGGUGGAGCGAUUUUGUUUGCUUCGCACAACACCCAGCAUAGACAUUGACAGUAAUGGAGACUUUCCCAAAUAAAGCAUGCAGUCUUUUAAUAA